GCGCGCGGUUUAGUUUUGCUGAAUAAAUUUGACAGUAUGAAGACGUUUUGCCUGCUUUUGUUGUUCGCCCUGCUGGCCAUUGUCUACGCAGCUCCAGCUCCUGCUCCAGCUGGCAAUGAUCCUACAGUAUCUGUGCUCCGGUAUAGCAGCGACCAGGAUUUGGCGAAAAUUCAACAGCUAAUCAUUGCUCAAUAUGAGGCGGCGUAUAAAGGCCCAUCCCAAAUCCAUGAAACUCGAGUGGCGAAUGCUGUUAAUCCCCAUUACCUAAACAUCAACGUUUAAUUUCUGUAUGACAAUAAAUUAAACAAAUUUUGUGAA